AUGAUUGAUUGGAGAAAUAUUGGUUUUUUUAUCUGUGUUUUAUCAAUCUUCCCCCUUGUAUGUUUUUCUGCCACCUUUGUUCCAGUAGAUAAUUAUCUUAUAGAUUGUGGAGCAUCUGCUAGUACUACAGUGGAUAGGCGGAAUUUCACAGCAGAUAAUUUGUCCAAAGAUCUCCUUUCUACUCAAGAAGAUAUUCUUGCCACUGCCCCCUUAAAAUCAAUUAAUUCUUCCUCCGAUGAUUCGCCUCUCUAUCAAACUGCAAGAAUCUUCACUGGAUCCUCCAAGUACACCUUUACGAUUAAGCAACAGGGGAGACACUGGAUCCGUCUAUAUUUCUGUCCAUUUACUUAUGAGAAGUACAAUUUGAGUGCUGCAAAUUUCACUGUUUCCACCCAAGAACAUGUCCUUUUCCGUAGCAGCUCCAACAUGCAGAAAGAUCCUGUGAUGAAGGAGUACUCUCUGAAUGUAACCUCAGACACCCUUGUUAUCACCUUUGCCCCUUCUGGAAAUUCCACCGCUUUUGUGAAUGCAAUUGAAGUUGUUUCUGCCCCUGAUGACCUCAUUGAUGACGUUUUUUCCGCCUUAGAUCCAUCGACAACCUUAUCUGGGUUGGUGACACAGACACUGGAGACAGUUUGGAGGGUUAACAUGGGUGGUCCAACUGUGACCCCUAUGAAUGACACCCUUCAAAGAACUUGGAUUCCAGAUCAAAAUUUCCUUUUGGAACCUAACCUUGCCUCGUUUGCUUCUAAUAUUGAUGCUGUCAAGUAUGAGCAAGGUGGGUCAACAACCGAAAACACCGCUCCGCCUACUGUUUAUGGUACUCUUACACAGAUGAACUCAACCUCUGAUCCCCGAAAUAAUUUCAAUGUGACAUGGAAGUUUGAUGUGAGUCCUGGAUUUCAGUAUCUUGUUCGAUUUCACUUCUGUGAUGUGAUCAGUAAAAUUCUCAAUGUACUCUACUUCAAUGUUUAUGUUAACUCCGACAUUGCUGCCUCUGAUGUUGAUCUCAGUGUUUAUACUAAUAAUGUAUUGGGUGUUGCAUAUCAUAAGGAUUUCGUUACAGCCUUGGCUGUCAACAGUACACUUCUUGUAAGUAUUGGUCCUUCUGCUUUAACUAAGGCCUUGCCUAAUGCUAUUUUGAAUGGACUGGAGAUCAUGAAAAUAAACAAUUCUAUGGGCAGUCUUGUCACAGGAGCAGGACCUAUGGCUAUUGCUUCAGGUUCAAGUUCUAAGAGUAUUGGCAUGAUUGUGGGUGUGAUUAUUGGUGUAGUUGGUGCAGUUGUCUUGGCUGGCGUUUUCUUUGUAUUAUGCAUGAGAAGAAGAAAGUUGGUACGGCAAAGGCAGUCAAAGACAUGGGUUCCUUUAUCCAUCAAUGAUGGAACUACUUCUCAUACCAUGGGAAGUAAAUAUUCCAAUGGUACAACACUAAGUGCUGCUUCAAACUAUGAGUAUCGCGUGCCUUUUCUUGCAGUUCAGGAGGCUACAAACAACUUUGAUGAGAGUUGGGUUAUUGGGAUAGGUGGUUUCGGUAAAGUGUACAAAGGAGAGUUAAGUGAUGGCAGAAAAGUGGCAGUUAAGAGGGGGAAUCCACGGUCCCAGCAGGGGCUUGCAGAAUUCCAAACUGAAAUUGAAAUGCUGUCUCAGUUUCGCCAUCGCCAUCUGGUGUCUUUGAUUGGUUAUUGUGAUGAAAGGAGUGAAAUGAUCUUGAUAUAUGAAUAUAUGGAGAAGGGAACUCUCAAGAGUCAUUUAUAUGGUUCAGGUUUGCCUAGCUUGAGCUGGAAGGAGAGGCUUGAGAUAUGCAUUGGAUCAGCUAGAGGACUUCAUUAUCUUCACACUGGCUAUGCUAAAGCUGUUAUUCACCGAGAUGUGAAGUCUGCAAAUAUCCUACUUGAUGAGAACCUAAUGGCUAAAGUAGCUGAUUUUGGAUUAUCAAAGACGGGGCCUGAAAUUGACCAGACACAUGUGAGCACAGCUGUCAAAGGUAGUUUUGGGUACCUUGAUCCAGAGUAUUUCAGGAGGCAACAACUAACAGAAAAGUCGGAUGUGUAUUCAUUUGGGGUAGUUCUGUUUGAAGUUCUUUGUGCAAGGCCUGUCAUAGAUCCAACACUUCCAAGGGAAAUGGUAAACUUGGCAGAAUGGGCAAUGAAAUGGCAGAAGAAAGGGCAGUUGGAGCAAAUCAUAGAUCAAACACUUGCAGGCAAAAUCAGGCCAGAUUCUCUUAGGAAGUUUGGAGAAACUGCUGAGAAAUGCUUGGCUGACUAUGGUGUUGACAGACCUUCUAUGGGAGAUGUCUUGUGGAAUUUGGAGUAUGCUCUCCAACUUCAAGAGGCUAUGGUUCAAGGUGAUCCUGAAGAAAACAGCACAAAUAUGAUUGGUGAACUCUCUCCACAGGUUAACAAUUUCAGCCAGGAUGCAAUUGCUUCUACUGCGCAAUUUGAAGGGACAAGUCUGGAUGAUCUCUCUGGUGUUUCUAUGAGUAGGGUCUUCUCACAAUUGGUGAAGUCUGAGGGUAGAUAA